GGGAAGAAAAUCGUUGAAGGGCAAAAACAUUAUAGACCAACCCACUGCGUGUCGAGUCCUGCCCUGCUCGAUUCCCACAUCACACUCACAUGUCGCCGUGGUGCAGAGAGAGGCUGAGUGCGCGUCCUCCUCCUCCUCCUCCUCCGCCUCCUCCUCCUCUCCUCCGGCCGUGGGAUCGCUUCUACCUUCUCCAAGGAGAUUUACACGUUUUUACAGGGCUUGCUCUCGUCGCCUCCUAGUGAUCAGACUGGGCAUUGAGAGAAACUGGUUUUUUGGAGGAAAAAAUUCUCAAACCACAGGAAAUCCUUUUUGAUACCAUCAGAAGGAACAUUUUUUCCCCCUCUCCGUACGCCAGCUGACUGACUCUUCAAAACCAGAGAAAGAAAUGCCCAACCAGAGGACUUUCUGACACCUUGUCUGAGGAUUUAAUUUAAAAUCUGAAAAGGAAAGAAAAAAAGUAUCUUUCUACUUCUGGAAGGGCUAAAAAAGAAAUGGACACAGGGACCCACCACGCUGCCUACGCCGCUGCUGCCCCGUCUACCAUGCCCAUGGCCGCCCCCACAGGAAACCUGCUUCGGAUGUUUCGUGAGUACCAGAGCAACGCGGUCAUCAUCGAGCACUACAACUUCACUGGCAAGCUGAAGGAGAACAAGUACAAGGAUGGACUUAAACCAGAGGCCAUAGCAUUCCUGCUGGUCUGCCUGCUCAUCGUGGUAGAGAACGCUGUGGUGCUCCUGGCCAUAUGGAAGAACAAGAAGUUCCAUCUGCCCAUGUACUAUCUGCUAGGCAACCUGACUCUGUCUGACCUGCUCGCAGGCUUCACCUACAUGGUGAACAUCAUCAUGUCUGGUGCCAACACGCUGAACAUGACCCCGGUGCUGUGGUUCCUCAGGGAGGGGGGUGUGUUCAUCAUGCUGGCCGCCUCGGUCGUCAGUCUUCUGGCCAUCGCCAUCGAGCGCCAUGUCACCAUGGUGAGGAUGAAGCCGUAUCAAGGGGACAAACAGGGCCGGAUGUUCGCUCUGAUCGGAGCGAGCUGGGUGCUGUCGGUGCUGCUGGGCAUCCUUCCUGUCCUGGGCUGGAACUGCAUGGGACAGCUGGAUCACUGCUCCACGGUCCUGCCGCUCUACGCCAAGAGCUACAUCCUCUUCUGCAUCACCGUCUUCAGCGCCAUCCUCAUGUCCAUCGUGGUGCUCUAUGUCCGAAUCUUCCGCAUCGUCAAGGCUAACACCCAGCGCCUCGCUUCGGUUCCCCAGCGCAAAGGCCUCUACCGCAAGUCCCAGAAGUACAUGGCCCUGCUGAAGACCGUCACCAUAGUCCUGGGGGUCUUCAUCGCCUGUUGGCUGCCCCUCUUCAUCCUCCUCCUGUUGGACUUCUUCUGCAAAGCCAAAACCUGCGACAUACUCCUCAAGGCAGACUACUUCCUGGGCAUCGCCAUGUUCAACUCCCUUCUCAACCCCAUCAUCUACACCCUGACCAGCAAGGACAUGAGGAGGGCCAUCCUGCGGCUGCUCUGCCGACACUGCCUCCUGACAAAGGACGGACAGGUGAAGAAGAUUGGGAUGCCCUUCCUGGAGUGCAGCACCAGUAAGACUGAUGCAGCCUCUCACAGACUGGAGGGACUGGAGAACACAGUGUCCUCCAGUAACUUAACCCCCUCCACUAUCAAAGCCAUUUACCCCAGGCUGUCUAAAACAUGACACAGCAGCUUCUUUACACUGAGAGCGAACAUUCAGACUGACACCUCUCUCUAAUCCACGCUGCGUUUGUGCCCAAGUCUGUCGAACAGAUUUGAGCCUUAGGAGAUGAAGCUCUGCGUUGCACUCUGCCACAGAUUCGGACUCAGACGAUUAAGCCUGGUAUAUGUGAUGGAUGUCCAAAUUGGGAGAAAGACGUGAACUUUUUCAGCUUUCUGCGCAUAUUUUCUAUAAGUGUGAUCAUGAGAAACAGGACACGUCAAAGCAUUAAUAGUGUCUUGCAGUUCCCUGUGAAUAAAAAAAUGCAUUGUAUUUGUCUUUUAGACACUGAAACCACGGCCAGUAUUUGUUGGAGGAUGCUCCAUAUGGAAGCAAUUUCAUUCAUUCAUUUUGUUUUUUUGUUUUUUUUAGAAGUGACAGAGAAAUCAAAGACUGUGUAAAUACGGCCAAUUAUGCCGCACAUCUGAGCAUGAGAUUUCUCCUUAUCUCCUCGCCCUGUGUAGCACAUAAUGACAUGUUGUUACAAACACAGAGCAUCCACACCCAAACCCUGCUGCCAAAACCAUGUAAUUUCUGCCAUGUGAGGUUUGGUCAGCAGCGAUGGCGGGUAGAGGUCCCCUCUGCUGAGAUCAGAGGCUCGGCAGCCUGGAGACGCACUGAAAACGUCAUAUGGAGGCUUGUGCCGAGCGGUUUGCAGCUCUGGAGGUCCCUCCGACAUAUGUAGCGACACAUGAUGAAUGAGUAGAAGCUAUAAAGCUGACAGAGGAGGUUUGUCGACGCCUCUUUGGUUCUAAGAAACUACGAUGUCAGCACAGUGAUGCGAUGUACACCCGUGGAUAAAACAGAAACCGUUUUUUCCUUUGUUGGGGAAAAUCCAUCGUAACAUGACAUCGAUCAAUUUUUCAUGUGAAAGGGCGUAGGUAAGAUCUUCACCCACGUCGCAGAAAUCUGAAGAGGCUCAGGCAAAAGUGUGUGGGCUUCACAGUGUCGGGGAAAUUCAUUGUGUUCAAAGUGAUGUGAAAAACACCCUUUGCCAAUUAUAGUACUGUACAUAAAUGUAAAGAGAAAAAUGAUAUAUAUUUACUGAUUGUUUUUUUUUUUUAGUAUACUAAAAUGUAAAUAUCUAUAGCCUUUUCUGAGCUGCAUUUUGUAUUGUAAAAAAAACUCACUUAAGUUAUAAUGCCAGUUUUAUAUAUGCACUGAAUAAAAACAUAUGUGAAUGACGUUUA